AGGAUAAGAAUGGAGAAUGGCGAGGCUUCACGUCUGCAUUAUAAUCUGUCUCCUUUGCUCAGCAGCGAUUCCGAAACAAAUUAUGCCUACGUGAUAUUUAACGAAAUAGAUGAAAGUUAUGCACAAACGCGCAGUGAUCGCAUCCGCGCUGCAAUGUUCCCUGAUUUAUGUCCUGAUAAAGCUAGUAGUAUGGUAUCAUUGCCACAUCGUUCAACAAUUGUCGCGAAACUAGCGGAACCAAGCCAACUGUUAACAACCGCCGUCAUGGAAUUGCUUAGUCUCCAGGAUGAAACAGAAUUAACGACGAAAGCAAUUCCUGAACUUGUAAAAUUACUCGCGGAUAAAGAUGAGACAGUAAUUAUGCGAACUGUUCAUAUGGUGCAUAUGUUAUCGCGUGAAAACAAAUCCGUGAAUGCAAUAGCUUCAAAUCCAGCUCUUGUUAAUGCUUUAUUCAAUGUCACUCGACUGGAAAAUGAUGCCAUACGAAAAGAUGCACUUGGUGCUCUUUCACAUAUUUCGGAGUAUGCAGAAGGGCGCAUGCAAAUAUUCCGUUCUGGUGGUAUUCCGGAGUUAGUUCGAAUGCUUGGAAUUCCAUUAGAUGCUGUUCGUCACUAUGCCAUCACCACACUUCAUAAUUUGCUUCUUUUCAUGGAUUAUGCAAAAGAGGAAACGAGGGGAUGUGGAGGUUUGGAAGCGAUGACGCCACUUCUUCGGGAAAAUAAUCCACGUUUCUUGGCAUUGUUAACGGAUUCGCUCUACCUUCUAUUACUGGACAACCCACAAAGCAAACUUUCAUUUCUUUCCUUAAGUGGUCCAUCGUCACUAAUCGAUCUUUUGGAUACACAUCGUCAUUAUCCAAAGCUUGUUUAUACUGUAGUACGCUGCAUUCGGGCACUUUCUGUGUGCCCACAAAACAAAGCCGCUCUCAUUUCUUUUGGAGUACUCAUUGUUUUGGGUGACUUCAUUGAUAACGUCGAUAACAGAACCCAAUUUGCCAUUCUUUGUGCUAUUCGCAAUUUAUCAGAUGCGGCAGCUAACGAAAGCAGCUUAGGACCUCUGAUUAUCAAUUUAAUUCAUGUUGUUGCCACUGGUGAAGAAUCAACAAAUGCAUGUGCUGCUGGCAUUUUGUCAAACUUAACUUGCAACAAUAUUCGCAACAAACAAACCUUAUGUUUCAAUAGGGGAAUGGACGCAUUAUGUAGCGCACUUGAACGGUUUUCAACAGUUGAGGAAGUCACAGAGCCAACGCUUUGUGCACUGAGGCAUUGUACCGCUCGACAUCCACUGGCGUCACAGGCACAAAGUGAUAUUCGCUUAUCACAAACUUUACCUGUCAUUUUAGAGUUAAUUUCAUCAAUGCGAGCACCAGUUGUUAAGGCAGCUCUCGGACUUGUCCGAAAUCUUGCACUCCUUCCUGCUAACUUACAUCCCCUGACCCAUGAAACAACAUCAAAAGGAGAAUCAGUGGUUAGCCUGGCAGUGGACGUUUUAGGACGAGCUGGUACCCAGCUACGUCAGGAUCCAGAUGCAUUAGCAGAUGGUGUUGCAAUGCGUGAAUUGGUUGAAGGUGCUGUCUCAGCAUUACAUCAGCUUGGAAAUGACUCUCAAUCAGCCGAUUUCAUGCUUCGCCACCACCCAUUCAUUGAUAUGCUCAUCAAACUGCUUUCUUGGGAAGAAAUAUACGCAAAUGAUGAUGAAUUACUACAGCGUGAACUUCUGGGACUUCUUUAUCAACUCUCAAAGACCCCAGAAGGUGCACGGCAGCUAAAUAUGUAUGGACUAAUGCCUGUACUCGCUGAUGCGCUACAUUCCAAGCAUAGAGCAAUUUCAACAUAUGCAUCUGGUGUAUUGAAAAAUCUCCAAUUUGACAAGCCAUCAAUGUAUCGUGGAGAACUGGACACAGAAAUUGAAACUAUGAUAAACAAUGGUGAAGAGUGGAUGCACGAUGGUCUAGAACCAGAACUUUUUGCUGAAAUGUAUCAUUCCUCAGAAAUGGAACAACUGGAUCAUCCUCAAUCGUGGCAACAUCCUCCGCCCUACCAGACCAAUAAUCGAAGUCCUUUAUGGUUUGAUACUGAUCUGUGA